CUCUCUCUGCACUUUUUAUCAGCUUAUGUCAUCACAUUUCCCUGUUUACACCCACCAAUUUCUAUCUCUUACACUUACAUAAACUCAAAACAGAGAAGAAAAAUAAAAAAACAGAGCAAAAAAAGAAAAAAGAAUCAGAGGAAAAAAAAGAGAAAUUCUGGAAAGCUCUUUGUUCCAGGGUUUCUCGUAAAAUUUUUUCAAUAAAUUUUCAAUUUUAAUAUUAAGCUACCAACCGAUCUUGUCAUCUUCUUUUUUCUUUUUUUUUUGUCCUCAUGCUAUUGAAGUGCAAGAAGAAAUAGCAGAGUCAGGGAUCAUCUAAGAAGCUAGCCUGGUUGGUAUAUAGUCUGCUUAGAAGUCCUUAAAUUUUUGAGAAAAGUUUUAAGACUAGUGAUUGGAUACAUGGGCUACAAUUGUGAUUUCUGUGGGGAUCAAAGGUCGGUGGUAUAUUGCCGGUCUGAUGCCGCCUGUUUAUGUUUGUCAUGUGAUCGAAAUGUCCAUUCUGCUAAUGCACUGUCAAGACGCCAUUCAAGAACAUUGUUAUGUGACAGAUGCAACUCGCAGCCUGCAUUUGUUAGAUGUGCAGAAGAAAGGGUUUCCCUCUGUCUGAACUGUGAUUGGAUGGGUCAUGGUACCUCCACCUCGAAUUCAACACAUAAGAGGCAAACAAUUAAUUGUUACACUGGUUGCCCAUCAUCUGCAGAACUUUCUUCCAUAUGGCCAUUUUUGUUGCAAUCCUCUUCACCGGGUGAAUCUACUUGUGAGCAGGAAUUAGGUCUAAUGAGCAUCACCGAGAACAUAGAGAGGACUUCUUGGGGCCCUACAGAAAACACCAUUAGCCAGAAUGGUACUGGUGUUGCAGAAGUUUAUGAUGACCACAAUGUGGAUAAGGGCAGUGGCUGGGGGGGGUCUUCUUCAAUUCCAGAACUCAUAUCUGCACCACAAGCUCUAGAUCUGCCAGCUGGAUUAACAGAUACAUUAUUGCCCAAGUCAUGUUGCCCUCAAACAAAGUGUCCUGCACUUUGUGAAGAUGAUCUCUAUGAUGACUUCAACAUGGAUGAAGUUGAUUUGAACCUUGAAAAUUAUGAAGAACUAUUUGGGGUAACUCUCAAUCAUUCAGAAGAACUUUUUGAGAAUGGUGGAAUUGAUAGCUUAUUCGGGACGAAGGACAUGUCUGCUGCUGAUUCCAACUGUCAGGGUGCAGUGGCUGCUGAGGGCUCAUCUGUUGGACUGAUCAAUGCAAUCCAGCCAGCAUCCAGUAAUGCGGCAUCUGCUGAUUCCAUAAUGAGCAAUAAAACCGAUUCAUUUCUUUGUUUUACUGCAAGGCAGGCCCAUUCAAGCCUCUCAUUUUCUGGCCUUACUGGAGAGAGUAGUGCAGGAGAUUACCAAGAUUGCGGGGCUUCGUCAAUGCUUCUCAUGGGAGAGCCUCCUUGGUGUCCUCCAUGUACUGAGAGCUCCUUCCCAUCAGCUACUCGAAGCAAUGCUGUAAUGCGUUACAAGGAAAAGAAGAAGACAAGGAAGUUUGAGAAGCGAGUGAGAUAUGCCUCUCGCAAAGCAAGGGCCGACGUGAGAAAGCGCGUGAAAGGACGCUUUGUCAAAGCUGGUGAUGCCUAUGAUUAUGAUCCGUUGAACCAAACCAGCACCUGCUGAGAGGGCUCCAGGUUUUUAUCAGAAGUUGGAUACGAAAAUGCCAUGAAUAAAUUGCCUUGAAGCCUGUUUCUCCAUUACCAUAAA